UUAUAUAAAGGCUUCCAACACACAAAAGAACCAUUCUAUAGGGACACAAAAAUUCUAACUCAAAAAAUUCUCAUCUUCACCAAUCAAUAAUGAAAUUCCAAAACACAUCUCGAACUCUCGAAAUUACAAUAUUUUCAUGUGAAGAUUUACGCAAUGAUCGAAAAUCCGUCAAGAAAAACUCAUACGUCGUCGUUCGAACAGACCAUCUCAACUCUCGCGCAACAAAGAUCGACACAGAAGGAGGAAGCUACCCGUCAUGGAAUGAAAAACUUAUGAUCGACAUGCCAUUGCACGAGCGCUUUAUAAUUCUUGAAGCUCACUGCAAAACGUCGUCGUGUGAUAGAAUCAUCGCCGCCGCGAGAAUGCCGGUGACUGAUUUCACGGGAGGAUAUUUACCGGAUAAUUAUUUGAAUAUAUUGAGUUAUCGGUUAACGGACGCAAGAGGCGAGAGGAACGGGAUUAUCAAUCUCUCUGUGAAGGUGACAGCGCCGGAAUAUCUGUCUAAAGGUAACGAGAAGCAGCGGUUUCCGGAGAAUAAUGGCUGUUCUUCGAAGGCUUAUGCGAGUCUGAUUAACGGUGGCGGUGGCGAUGGCGGCGAGAAGAAUUCCGGGGUGGUUACGGGUAUUCCUGUUUGGAGUGCGAGUCUUAUGUAAAUUGGUUAGUAAGUUUGGGUAGUUUGGUCUUUUAUUUUUUAUUUUGUAUCCAUAUUUUGAAUUAAGAUAUAUGGAUUUGAAAUUGGAAAGUUAAUUUGUAACUGAAUUGACUUCUGGAGAAGAAUGUUGAAACAUUUUCAAAAUCUGAGCAACGGCUAAAAAAUCGCAUAGUAGUGGAUCAGAUUGAAGUUUCCAACUGUGGUUUAAUUACAAAAAUCAUGAAGUUUCCAGGAAAUUGUAGAAAUAGAAAUAUUGUUAUGCUAGUUUUUCAUAA